AUGGGAGACAUGGGAGACCCACCAAAAAAAAAACGCCUGAUUUCCCUAUGUGUUGGUUGCGGCAAUCAAAUUCACGAUCAGUAUAUUCUGAGGGUUUCGCCGGAUUUGGAAUGGCAUGCGGCGUGUUUGAAGUGUGCAGAGUGUAAUCAGUAUUUGGACGAGACCUGUACGUGCUUUGUUAGGGAUGGCAAAACCUACUGUAAAAGAGAUUAUAUCAGGUUAUAUGGCAUCAAGUGCGCCAAGUGCAGCAUCGGCUUCAGCAAGAAUGACUUCGUGAUGCGCGCCCGCGCCAAGGUGUACCACAUCGAGUGUUUCCGCUGCGUGGCCUGCAGCCGCCAGCUCAUCCCCGGCGAUGAAUUCGCGCUGCGGGAGGACGGCCUCUUCUGCCGGGCGGACCACGACGUGGUGGAGCGGGCCAGCCUGGGCGCCGGGGACCCGCUCAGCCCCCUGCACCCCGCCCGGCCGCUGCAGAUGGCAGCAGAACCUAUCUCUGCCAGACAGCCAGCUCUGCGACCCCACGUCCACAAGCAGCCCGAGAAGACCACCCGAGUCCGGACUGUCCUUAAUGAAAAACAGCUUCACACCUUGAGGACCUGCUAUGCUGCCAACCCCAGACCUGACGCCCUCAUGAAAGAGCAACUGGUAGAAAUGACUGGCCUCAGCCCGAGGGUCAUCAGGGUUUGGUUUCAAAACAAGCGGUGCAAGGACAAAAAAAGGAGCAUUAUGAUGAAGCAACUUCAGCAACAGCAACCCAAUGACAAAACUAAUAUCCAGGGGAUGACAGGAACUCCGAUGGUGGCUGCUAGUCCGGAGAGACACGACGGUGGUUUACAGGCAAACCCGGUGGAGGUGCAGAGUUACCAGCCGCCCUGGAAAGUACUGAGCGACUUCGCAUUGCAGAGUGACAUAGACCAACCUGCUUUUCAGCAACUAGUUAAUUUUUCGGAAGGAGGACCCGGUUCCAAUUCUACUGGAAGUGAAGUAGCAUCAAUGUCCUCUCAGCUGCCAGAUACGCCCAACAGCAUGGUAGCCAGUCCUAUUGAGGCAUGA